UGUAAAGCGCCAGCAGGCACCGUGCGCCCGGAGCUGCGGCCGCUGCGGGUGCCACAGGCGGUGACAGGACAAUGGCUUCUAUUGCCGAGCGCACGUUCAUCGCUAUCAAGCCUGACGGAGUCCAGCGGGGACUGGUGGGAGAAAUCAUCAAGCGCUUUGAACAGAAAGGUUUCAAACUGGUGGCCAUGAAACUAAUACACGCCUCUGAAGACCUUCUGAGAGAACACUACAUUGACCUGAAGGACCGGCCGUUCUACGAUGGUCUGGUGCAGUAUAUGCACUCUGGACCUGUGGUAGCUAUGGUGUGGGAAGGUCUUAACGUGGUUAAGACUGGAAGAGUGAUGCUGGGGGAAACUAAUCCAUUCGAUUCAAAGCCUGGCACUAUUCGCGGUGACCUCUGCGUUCAAGUUGGAAGGAACAUCAUUCACGGAAGUGAUUCUGUAGAAAGUGCUGAGACAGAGAUCAACUUGUGGUUCGCUCCUGAAGAACUGGUGGAUUACAGAAGCUGUGCUCAUGAAUGGAUCUAUGAGUAAAACGGAGCCUACACCUUCGGGUAUCCUUACGGCCAGCCUCUAGCUUCGUAUUAACUGCUAGAAACCCGUCCCAGAAAUCUGUGAAGUUGCUCUGUAGUAAAUAUUAAAUACAGUCAGUGUUUGCUGCCGCUUUGGUGGAAUUGUACUUUUAAAAAGCUGCUUCUGGGGGUGAGAGAUAAGAGAUGGAAACACAGAGAAGUAAAACUUUCAUAGUUAAUGACACGUAACACAUAGAUUUUCCUGACACACUCUGUACUCAAAGAGGGUAUUCUGAUAAACAGAAAAAAAGUGGUAAGGGUUUUUUUAUAAAUAAAUAGGCAAAUGGUUCAGUUAAUUUCGUCAAAACGUUAGAGGACAACUGCUGUUAUGUAAGUACACUGAUAGUGUGGCUGAACGUUGAGGAUUGAACUUGAUAUCAAGCGAAUCCCCAUGCCCAAAACAGCUGCAGAAAAAUGCUUAUUUGUGACACAGAGCGCGGCUGUGAUUAAAAUGACACCUUUCCUCUAGAUUCACACUGUUUCAACUUGCCUUUUUUUUCCCCACAUGGGAUUUAUUUAGCUUUUAAAGGAAGGAUUAAUACACCAGGCUUUCCAAAAUGCCCUUUUUUGUGAAAAGGGGAUUAAUGUGAGGAUGAGUGAGGGAGAUCCACCUUCAGCCCUGUCACCGUAGCACUCCUGACCUUGACAGAGCAACAAGAGCGAGGUUUGUUUUACCGACUGAACAGCCAAUAAUUAAGCUGCGUCCUUAUUAGUGUUCUUUCCCUAACAGCUGGAACUCCAGAGCAAGCUGUUCUUGGAUAAGGUAUUUCAGGAGUGACUAUAGCAUUAUUUUUUAUCUAUUUAUUUAAUCACGUAAAGAAAUAGAGUCAUCAUACUGCUAAAUGUGCUUCAGCAGAGGUGUGUGCGCCUAUCGGAGAAACCUAUUGGCCUCCUGCAGGAAUUUUAACAACAAAUACUCACUAGCUGUGCUGGAUGAGGAAAAAGAAAUGUGUUGGGGUCAAUAUUAUGUAUUUAUUUAUCUGCAGCAUUGUAUUCAUUAAAAGCAAGAGUUUAAUGAAGUUGUUCAAACUCCUAGAUUUUUUCCUACAGCGAGUUCUUGUUUCAAACGUUAAACUGUGCAAUGAAUGUUGAAUUCAAUGCUUUGUGAAGAUGUCAGACUCCUAAAAAGGGAGGGCACAAAAUAAAACAUUUGCCGUUUAAGUGAAAUAAAA